AGACACUUCCUCUCUGGACGGCUCACCGUCUCCAUUGUUGAUAAAAUGUCCUCUCAGUCUGAAAAGGAUCUCUGCUGUCCCGUCUGCUACGACAUCUUCAGAGAUCCCAUCAUCCUCUCAUGCAGCCACAGCUUCUGCAAAGACUGUCUGCAGACGUGGUGGAGGGAGAAUCCAGUGCACACCUGCCCGCUUUGUAAGAAGACAAACCUGUUAGAGGAUCCUCCCUGUAACCUGGUGUUGAAGAACCUGUGUGAGGCCUUCUUACUGCAGAGAGAUCUCAAAGCUUCUGCAGAGUCUGAGCCUCUCUGCAGUCUGCACUCUGAGAAACUCAGACUCUUCUGCCUGGAUCAUCAGCAGCCAGCGUGCGUCGUAUGUCGGGAUUCAAAAGCACACAAAAACCACAAGUUCAGCCCAAUUGAUGAAGCUGCACAGGAUCACAGAAAGGAGCUGCAGGAAUCCCUGAAGCCUUUAAAGGAGCUAAAGAUGAUCACUGAAGGUAUUAAAGAACAGUUUGACCAAACAGCAAAACACAUUAAUGUCCAGGCCCAGCAGACAGAGAGGCAGAUUAAGGAGCAGUUUAAGAAGUUUCAGCAGUUUCUACACGAGGAAGAAGAAGCCAGAAUUGCUGCUCUAAGGGAGGAAGAGGAGCAGAAGAGCCAGAUAAUGAAGAAAAAGAUUGACGAUCUGAACAGAAAGACCGAAGUUCUCUCUGAAACAAUCAGAGCCACACAGGAUGAGCUGAGAGCUGAUGAUGUCCCCUUCCUGCAGAACUACAGGGCCACACUGAACAGAGUCCAGCAGCGCCCUCUGGAGGAGGAUCCACAGCUGGUCUCAGGAGCUCUGAUAGAUGUGGCCAAACAUGUAGGUAACCUGGCCUACAACAUCUGGAAGAAGAUGAAGGAGAUGGUCUCCUACACUCCUGUGAUCCUGGAUCCAAACUCUGCUGAAUUGCACCUCAUCCUCUCUGAAGAUCUGAGUACUGCGAGUCUUGGAGAGACGCAACAGCUUCCUGACAACCCAGAGAGAUUUAACUACGAUCUAAUGGUUUUGGGCUCUGAGGGCUUCGACUCAGGGAUUCACAGCUGGGAUGUUGAGAUUAGAGAUGAUGAAUUUUGGGGCUUUGGGGUGUUAAAGGAGUCUGUUAACAGAAAGGGACAGGUACAGUCUGGUUUCUGGCAAUUAUGUUUAAAUGAAAGGAAAUAUGUAGCAUACUCUCCACCAGUUACAUAUAAAGUUCUCUCAGUGAAGAAGCUGCAGAGGGUCAGAGUUCAGCUGGACUACAACAGAGGGAAGCUCUCAUUCUUUGAUCUGGACACCAACUCACACAUUCACACCUUCAAACACACUUUUACUGAGAAGCUGUUUCCAUACUUUGGCACUGAGAAAGAACCACUGAAGAUUUUACCACUGACCAUAAAAUUGGAACAUCAUAUGAACGUUCUACCAACAGGUUUUUGGUCUCGAUUCUAA